GGUUCUGCCCAUUUUGUUCCGACUUGUACAUUUCUUUCAGCUUGAAAGCCAUUUCCAUCCCGAGUCACCACUAUCAACGAUAACGAAAGCGAUACUCCAACGUAAUCAUCAAAACCACUAUAUACUGCGUUGCAUUAUAUCAGAACGAAAAACUAAAAAUAUUCAAAUUAAAGUUACGCAUCGUUAUUUCCCUCGCCAUCCUCACCUUAACCACCACAAAACUUCAACCGACAACCGUACCUGACACACUUCCUCCAACUGCCGCCACCACCACCACCGCUCCUACCACUGGUUCAAAGCCACCAACUUUAAUGAAAAGAAAUCACACAUCGUAUAAUUAUUCAGUAGAUCGGAAAAGAUGGGUAAUGCCAGUAAUAAUACUCCUUUUAAUCUCUCUAAUUCUCAUUCUCACUACAAACUAUUCUAAGCCAAACCAGCCAAAAGCCAAAAUCCCUGAUUGGAGUUUAAGUGACCAACCGAAAUUACCGAGAUUCGCGUACUUAAUAUCGGGUACAAAAGGAGAUGGUGAACGCGUGAAGAGACUUGUUCAAGCGGUGUAUCAUCCGCGGAAUUAUUAUGUGGUGCAUCUAGAUCUAGAAGCUUCUGACGAGGAAAGGUUAGAGAUUGCAAAGUAUGUGAAAUCAGAGGUUGUAAUUAGGGAGUUCGGGAAUGUGAUGGUUAUUGGUAAAGCUGAUUUAGUUACUCUUAAAGGACCUACUAUCAUUGCUAGUACGCUUCAUGCGAUUGCUAUUUUGUUGAAGGAGGCUACUGAUUGGGAUUGGUUUGUUAAUUUAAGUACUUCUGAUUAUCCUCUCAUGCCUCAAGAUGAUAUCUUGCAUAUUUUCUCAUACUUGCCAAGGGAUCUGAACUUCCUCGAACACACAAGUAGUAUUGGUUGGAAAGAGUAUCAAAGAGCAAGGCCUAUAAUUAUUGAUCCAGGAUUGUAUCAUUCAAAGAAAUCUGGUGUAUUUUGGGCCAAGGAGAAAAGGUCCUUGCCUGCUUCUUUCAAGUUAUUUAUGGGGUCUGAAUGGGUGGUUCUGACAAGGUCAUUUCUUGAAUUCUGUGUUUGGGGAUGGGAUAAUCUCCCCCGCACUCUACUUAUGUAUUAUACAAACUUCCAUUCAUCUCCCGAAGGUUACUUCCAUACUGUUGUCUGCAACCACAAGGAUUAUCAGAACACUACUGUUAAUCAUGAUCUACAUUACAUAAAGUGGGAUAACCCUCCAAAGCAACGCCCAAUAUCUCUAGCUUUGGAGCAUUUUGAAGACAUGGUUGAAAGUGGUGCACCUUUUGCUCGUGAAUUUGCCAAGGAUGACCCGGUUCUCAACAAAAUUGAUGAAAAACUGUUGAGGAGAAUGGAUGGAAGGUUUACUCCAGGGGGUUGGUGUAUUGGCACAACUGUUUUAGGGAAAGAUCCUUGUGUUGCUUAUGGGAGUCCAAAUGCAGUUAAACCAACUGUAAGUUCUAAGAGAUUAGAGAAACUAUUACUGCAACUUCUUGAUUCUGAGAGUUUUAGAUCUAAACAGUGUAUAUAGUUUCUGUAAAUGGUUAAGAACUUUUUACUUGCUUUGAUAAUCUGUUUUAUUGGAUCAUUGCCUCAACUAUGGGGUGCAUGGUUUCUUCAAA